GAGCGGCUGCCGCAGGAGCCUGCCGUGCCAGGUAGCGCUCCCAGCCAGCCCGCUCCGGCCGGCAGCUCCCCGCUUGGGCCAGAGAACCGCUCCUGUGGUACAUUGGUGGCAGAAGAGGAGUCGCUGGUGAGAGAGGCAGGUGGAGAUCCUCCAGCACCUUUUCUGGAUGGACAGCAUUACUACGAACAGGGAUUGUAUGAAAAAGCAUUAAAACAAUUUGAAAAAAUCAAGGAUACAGAUUUUCAAGCAAUGUAUCAGCUUGGUGUAAUGUAUUACGAUGGACUUGGCACUAAAAAAGACCCUGAAAAGGGAGUGGAAUACAUGAAUAAAAUACUCAACUCUGAUUCCCCAGAAGCAAGACACUUGAAGUUUGCAGCUGCGUACAAUCUCGGCAGGGCAUAUUAUGAAGGAUGUGGUGUUAAACACUCAACUGAAGAGGCUGAAAGGCUGUGGCUUACUGCUGCAGAUGAUGGAAAUCCAAAAGCAAGCAUAAAGGCCCAGAGUACUUUAGGAAUGCUUUAUUCUAUGCCAAGUCUAAGAGAUCUGGAGAAGGCUUUUUUCUGGCAUUCAGAAGCAUGUGGCAAUGGAAAUCUGGAAUCACAAGGAGCACUUGGCAUUAUGUAUCUCUAUGGACAAGGUACACAUCAAAACACUAAAGCUGCUUUGGAGUGUUUGAGAAAAGCAGCAGAACUUGGAAACAUCUAUGCUCAAGGCCAUCUAGUGGAAUAUUACUACACUAGAAAAUUUUACUCAAAAGCUGCUGCACUAGCCAAAAGGGCUACAAAAAAUGAUGAGAUCAACAUGCUAGCCAAGAUAAGUGAUUGUCACCCAACAUAUGUAGCCAAGGGGGCUGCUAUGGCUGCUUUCUACUUAGCUAGAUGCUUCCAGCUUGGCCGAGGCACACAGAAGGACCAGGAUGCUUCUGAGAGGUACUACUCUAAAGCAUGCCAUCUGGAUCCUGCUGUUGCUUCUCACCUUGAAUCGGCAGCUAAUCUUGGGAGAAUUUAGUGUUUCUUUUAACUGUGACUGGUAUAUAAAUAUAUUUCCUACAAUAAACCAUCAUUAAUCUCCAGCAA